AUGCUUCAUCAAAAUAUUGCAAUGGAAAACAACUCUGAACUCUUUCAAUUCAUUGUUGCUAACAACCCUUCAUUCUUUGACUAUUCAAGUACUCCUAUGAUGCAACCAAGUUUAUGUAGCUCUUCUGAUAACAACAACUAUUAUCACCCUUUUGAAGUUUCUGAAAUUACUGAUACACCCUCCUCCCAACAAGAUAGAGCUCUUGCUGCUUUGAAGAAUCAUAAGGAGGCUGAGAAGAGAAGAAGAGAGAGAAUCAAUUCUCACCUUGAUCAUCUUCGUACUCUUCUCCCUUGCAAUUCAAAGACAGACAAAGCUUCGCUUCUUGCAAAAGUUGUGGAACGAGUGAAAGAGUUAAAGCAGCAAACAUCUGAAAUCACAGAACUGGAAACAGUUCCCUCCGAAACCGACGAAAUAACAGUAAUCUCCGCCGGGGGCGGAGACUUCACCGGAGACGGAAGACUUAUAUUCAAAGCGUCGUUAUGCUGCGAGGAUCGGUCCGACCUAAUCCCGGAGCUAAUAGAAAUCCUGAAAUCUCUGCGGCUGAAGACAGUGAAAGCUGAAAUUUGCACACUGGGAGGAAGAACUCGGAACGUUCUUAUUGUUGCUGGUGAUAAAGAAGAUAGCAGCAUUGAAUCAAUACAUUUUCUUCAGAACUCGCUUAGGUCAUUGUUGGAUAGGUCGAGUAGUUGUAGUGAUAGGUCGAAACGGCGUCGUGGGAUGGAUAGAAGAAUGAAUAUGCCAUAG